UCUUUAUUACUACAGGCUGACUCAGAUUGAGUCUGAGGCCGGUAACAUCAACAGUGAGGACAAACCCAGCCUGCCUCUCUCCUUCCACACUGACUCCAAACCUACAGUCACUGGGUCCUGAUUGUGACAGUUGAGCCCAGUUUGCACUGCAGUAUCCAGAGAUGGCAUCAGUGAAGCUGGAAGACUGCAGUCAAACACUAGAGCUGGAUGUCAACAUUAAAGAUGAAGAAGAGGAGGAGAAGAUUGGGAAAUCUGUUAGUCAUGGAGACCCUGUUGAGACAUUCUCUACAUCCAGAAAGCAACAGCAGGAAGAUCACAGAGCUAAGAGGUCUCACCACUGCCCACAUUGUGAGGAGAUUUUCCCAAUUCUAUCAAAGCUAAAAAUACACCUGAAAAUACACACAGGAGAGAAUCGGUAUUCCUGCACUGACUGUGGGAAGAGCUUCACAACAUCAGGUGAUCUGAACGUUCAUCAGAGAAUGCACAGAGGAGAGAAGCCUUACUCUUGCUCUGACUGUGGAAAAUGCUUCACAGCCUUAUCUGAGCUAACAGUUCACCAGAGAACACACACAAGAGAGAAGCCUUACUUCUGCUCUGACUGUGGGAAGAGUUUCUCUCAACAGAGUAACUUAAAAAGACACCAACGUUUACAUACGGGAGAAAAGCCUUACUCCUGCUCAGACUGUAAAAAGAGUUUUCCCCAAUUGAAUGAGUUAGAUAGUCACCAGCGAAUACAUACAGGAGAGAAGCCUUACACCUGCUCUGACUGUGAGCAAAGUUUCUCUCAACACAGCAGCUUAAAGAAACACCAACGUGUAUACACACAGGAGAGAAGCCUUACUCCUGCUCUGACUGUGGGAGAAAAAAAAUCUCAACAUAGCAGCUUAAAGAAACAUCAACGUAUACACACAGGAGAAAAGCCUUACUCCUGCUCUGACUGUGAAAAACUCUUCAGAACAUCAUCUGAGCUAACAGUUCACCAGAGAACACACACAGGAGAAAAGCCUUACUUCUGCUCUGACUGUGGAAAACGCUUCACAACAUCAUCUGAGCUAACAGUUCACCAGAGAACACACACAGGAGAGAAGCCUUACUCGUGCGCUGAAUGUGGGAAGAGUUUCUCUCAACAGAGCAACUUAAAAAGACACCAACAUUUACAUACAGAAGAAAAGCCUCAUCAGUUCUCUCAGACCAGCUAAGAUUAAAGUCACUCCAUCACUUAAUUCUCAUGUCAUAAAGUAAGUGGUAACUGUGAUUUGGAUCCUAUUGUUUCUCACUGUGAGUGAAAUGUGCAGAGGAAAGGGAGCAUUAUAGAAUGUUAGCCUCUCUUUACUUUACUGAUCAGUGUACACCUUGUCAGUUUGGUGUGUUUUGUUAGCUUCUACUGUAAAGAUAUUAAGAUGACCUUGGGUUUGCCCUGAUGGUUGACUGGGUGGUACUGCUUCCCUCUGCAGUUUUCUGUGGGAAUGAGCUAGUAGACACAACAUGUAUCAGAUAGAGAUGGUGUGAGAAUCAGUUUUCACCAUUCGUUUGGGUGGAUAUUUUUUGGGGACUGUAAGGUAUUUAUAAUAAGAGAUACCUGGAGAAAAUCAUAUCUCUUCUUUUUUUUUUUAUCCCCUUUUUCACCCCAAUUUUCUUCGUGGUAUCCAAUCGCUAGUAAUUACUACCUUGUCUCAUCGCUACAACUCCCGUACGGGCUCGGGAGAGACGAAGGUCGAAAGCCAUGCGUCCUCCAAAGCACAACCCAACCAGCCGUACUGCUUCUUAACACAGUGCGCCUCCAACCCGGAAGCCAGCCGCACCAAUGUGUCGGAGGAAACACCGUGUACCUGGCCCCCUUGGCUGGCGCGCACUGCGCCCGGCCCGCCACAGGAGUCGCUGGAGCGCGAUGAGACAAGGAUAUCCCUACCGGCCAAACCCUCCCUACCCCGGACGACGCUAUGCCAAUUGUGCGUCGCCCCACGGACCUCCCGGUCGCGGCCGGCUGCGACAGAGCCUGGGCGCGAACCCAGAGACUCUGGUGGCGCAGUUAGCACUGCGAUGCAGUGCCCUAGACCACUGCGCCGCCCGGGAGGCCCAGAAAAUCAUAUCUCUCUGUAAUGGAAAUGGAUGGCCCUCUUUUCAGUUUAAUAGAUUUUUACCCGACCCUCCCUGAAUGCUUGAAAAAAAAACGGAUAGCAGAGAACAUGCCUACUGUUUACCCUCACUCCUAGGACAGACCAGAGCCUUAGAUAUGCCGUUUUAGAAACUGUUCUUCGUUUUGUAAUUGUUACAUGGCAAAGUAGCCAGAAGGUUGUGGAUUUGCAGAACACCGUGGACAAGGGUAGGGGUGAACAUGUAUAGCUUUCUAUAAACGCAUUUCAUGGAAUUCUAAGUCAUUUUACAUGACUGGAGACAAGCAGAGAGGAUAAUUGAUUCUGCCUGCUUAGCUUUCCAGUGGGGGUCUGCGAGUAAAACUGGUGCCGCAUUUUAUGAAGCGUGAGGGAAGUUCCCGUCUGACCAAAAGAGGACGAGGAACCGACCAGACCCUUACUGUGAGCUGCCCAGGUUGAGACACAUCAUCUGCGAACAAUUGAGGGGCGGCGAAUGACUUCACUAAGGCAAUUAAAAAAUAUAUAUAAUAAUUAUAAAAAAACUGAAACUAAACAUAAAGACGUAGAAGAAGAGUAGGAGGGUACCACUUGCCUUAAGUAAUAGCACAAGGUGAAUGUGAGAAUUGUGUGAGUAAGAAGAUAUUAGUGAGAUUGAAAUUUGGAUAAUAAGCAUAAGUUGAGUUCAACAAAGGAUUUACAUUUGGGAUAAUAAGAGGGUUGUAAUGUGGAUAUUAGGAUAAUAAGAUAUUGACAUUUUGAUACUAAGAGUGAAUGAGAGCUGUCAGGGGACUGGGUUAGGUGGGAACAAGGUGCUAUUCUAUAUGUAUGGGAAGCACCAAGACUAUAGAGACUAUAGAGACCAUGGAUACACAAGACUGUAGAGACCAUAGCAUUUAUGAUUAUAUAAACUACUGAGACUAUAGACACUGAGAGACUAUAGAUACGAGAGACUUUAGGUACUGUAGAGAGUAUAGAUACUGUAGAUUAUGGACUGCAUAGACUAUUGAGACUAUAGACACUGAGAUACUAUAGAUACACAAGACUAUAGUUUCUGCAGAGACUAUGGCGACUAUAGAGGAACAGUUGAAGAUACAUAUGACAUGGAAGAAGGCUAGAGCUAGUCUUAAAGAGAGAACUAGAGCAAGUAGUGGUACCAUGCCCCACUGACAGCUGUCUGUAGGCAUUUAUAAGAGAAGUGUCGACGUGGUCUGCAGCCACUGGUAGAGAAUAGCAUAAUGUGCACUACGUGCUAUUCUAUAUGUAUAGUGACGAUGCAUAGGAAUUAACGACAGGAGAAUCGUUGAAGAUGCACAUGGGGUAAUAAGGGAGAUUACCGAGUGUGUUUGGUAAUAGUACUAAGUGAAUGUGGAUGUGAAAGUUGUGUUAAGCUGAUUUAAAUUUGGAUAAUAAGUUGUUUGAUUGAAAUUUGGGUGUUAAGCUGAUUAGAAUUUGGAUAAUAAGACGAUUGCUUAAAAUUUGUAUAUUAAACUGAUAGAAAUGUGGAUAUUAACAGAGAAAAAUGUAGCUAUAACGUACUGAGUGAAUGAGAGCUGUCAGGGGACUAGCUCCAGUGUGAAUGUGAAGGGAAGUGUGAGCUGAGUUUUUUUAUCUAUAUAUUAUCUAAGGGUUCCGUCCACCAUCUCCCAUCGUUGUCUUGGACUACUAAUAAUAGCACGUGUUGUUAUUGAGCACGGGUGUUGUUUUAUAUGUAUAGGAGGUAGCGGUCUAUAGCAUUCCUGGGAAUUGUCUAUGGGGUCUGGGAACACUGUACCAUAGUCUCUGGGAGGCUAGAGAACCGUUGAAGAUACAUAUGGUGCAUUGGAUGUACAUGUUGUGGAUGUGAAUACCUAAGUAUAGAAGUUAUGUAGGGAAAAGUGAAUGUGAAUUUCCUGCAUAGCAGGACAUGCAAACGUGUGUAUUUUAGGUUUAAAAAAGCUUCUAAAGUUAGUAAUUUCCACUUUAAAAUGUCAGACUGGAUUUGCCCUAACGAAAAAUGUAUCAACCCCUACAAAAAAUGUCCAUUAAUUAUAAUCCAUAUUUCCUGUUGCUGCAGGAUUAUGUUCCUACUGUAGCAAACUGGCUCAAAUUAAGAUCCUUCACCUGUUUAAAGCGAAGGAUGGGUACAAAAAAAGCUGACUGCUGGAAAAUCUUGGAAGUGUAUGGGUGAAGUGGACCGUGGUACUCAUUAGAAUUUCCUGUCUGUCAGAUUUUGAUCUCAUUUAAAACAUUGUCUUUGUGUUUAAUUUCCAUGGUUUUUACAUCAAAAGCCCUAUUUACAUUACACAACAUUUCCACAUGCAAAAAGCUGUUAAUAAGGUGUGUCAUCUAUCUGAAGUAAAAGUACACAAUAAUGACAAAUGGAAAGAGAAAUAAAGUAGUUAUUAGUAUUUAUUCAAUAUUACUGUGAAAUACUAACAGCUGAUUUUCCAGAGGGAAGCGAAAAACCAGAAACCCAUUUAAGCCAAUAUGGGAUAAACUGGA